AUGUUGGAGAGUGGAGAACAAGCAACGAUUGAUAUUGAAGCAAUCGUGUCAUGCAAAUCUUCAUCCAACACUCUAGAGAUAACACUAAAGCGUGAUAAAGAAGUGCUUCUCGAACGCCAGCAUGACGGAUCGGUGGACACUUUAGGAUCAAACAUAGCUGCCCCAUUCCCAAUCCCUCACAUCCUCCUAAAAGACAUUGUUAGUUUCGAACCGCACAACAUCAAUCCUCUCCUCCAAUUAGACCCUGUUUUAUGCGAUCAUCUUUCUGUUAAAAUCGCUUCCAAAGCAGCCGAGGAGCAAGUUCCAGGACCAUUAUACAUCUCCCUACACGUCACAGUCACCCCACACAGAUUCCUAUUCCUAGAAGACGAACCCGAACUAGACGAGGAGAUGGAGAUAGAGACAUGCGCCAUUUGUUUGGAGGAGCUAAAUCCCAAGGGUGAAAUCUAUUUCGACUUGCCAAAUUGUUCUCAUCAGUUUCAUGAUCUAUGUAUAUACAUGUGGUUGAGUCGUAGCAACAGUUGCCCUCUCUGCCGCACUGUUGCUGAAGAUGAUGAGUUUAAACCUAUUGUGCCCAGUGAGUUGUACAGGAACGUGCGGGAUUCUCAACUCAUAGGAAUGUCAGGUUACACCAGAGAGGGCUUGCCUAUCUUUGCUAUUGGUGUUGGCCUCAGCACAUUUGACAAAGCUUCGGUUCACUACUAUGUACAAUCCCACAUCCACAAUGAAUACAGAGACCGUCCUUCUAUGUCUAAGAAGAACGGACGGCCAAUCACCACCUGCGUGAAGUUAGUGACUAUCAUAUCGACCAUCGAUGAUCUGAACUAUCCAGAGAAGACCAACACUUACUAUGUUGUGAACGCUCCAUAUAUAUAUUUUAUGCAUGUUGGAAGCGAGAGACCUUAUCAGAGGCCUGCUCAUGCAGGAGCGCCGCAGCAGCGUCUGGGGUUCAAAAGAGGGGCCACUGAGGUCAAGCAGCACCCGGUCUUUGAAGGUGUGAACUGGGCUUUGAUUCGUUGUGCUACUCCACUAGAGAUCCCAAACCCUGUUAAGCUGGAGAGUGGACCUGUUAAUGUGAAUGUUUGCAGAGGAACCAUCAAGCCAGAAGACAGCAGCAGGUUUGGUUCUUAA